AUGACGGAGGAUGACGCCGGACCCUCCACCGCGGCGCUCGUGGUGGGGCGAACGGAGUGCAAAACGCUGCGGGACGAUCAGUUUGGGGUGGUUCGACGCGCGGAAUCUCUGAGCGACGACUUCUUGGUCGAUAACUUUGAUUUUAACGGUCUCGGGUCGGGUGGGGGGAAGGGUGGGGACGUCAUGGCGCGCACGCGCGACGGUAGGUUCUUCGUGAAGACGUUGAACGCGACGGAUGGGAAAUCUUUACUCGAGGAUACUUUUCUUCGCGCGUACGUCUCGCGGGCGACGACGGGGCAGAGUUUGGCGACGAAGAUCUACGCCGUGUUCGUCCAUCCCGAAUUGGGUAGAUUCGUCGUGAUGAAUAACUGCGUUUCGCCCAGGGUGGAGUCUUGGAGUCGGUUGUACGAUUUGAAGGGGACGGCGGACGAUAAGACGCUCGUGAAGGAUGGCGUCCCGGUUCCGCACGCGCACAAGAGAUUUUAUAACCUGAAUCUGAUCGUCCGUGAGUGGUUCUCGUGCUAUCGAGACGUGCCAGUGCCGAGACAGAGGUACAUCGCCGGAAAGUUCGAGGCGUUCGACGUCUCGCUCUUCAUGACGAAGGAUCAAAAGGAGGAAAUCAUGACGCAGUUGAGGAAUGACUGCGCCUUGUUUGAGACGCACAAUCUCAUGGAUUACUCCUUGUUGGUGGGGAUCCAGCGCGUGCGCAGGGAGGAUGUGGAGGAGGCGGUGGCGAUGCGCGACGGUGAUGUGCACAACAAGCCGUACGUCGUCGAGUACGGAGGUGAGAUAUUGAUUUUGUAUUUCGGCGUCAUUGAUUUUUUGCAACCGUGGAACGCGGGAAAAAAAGUCGCGCACGUCAUCAAGAGGUGCUUCGCCCCGUCACCCAUCUCCACCGUGAACCCAAAGUCGUACGCAAAGCAGUUUUUGGAUCACUUUGAGUUCAAGUUUAAAUCCGUCGGUUUCGAGUGGCUGAGAAACGGCGCGGGGCAAAAGAGAACGCCGCGCAAGAGCUCGGCGUCCAAACAGGUUCUGCGCCAGGACUCCUCGAACGCCGGCGCCGAAGAGUCGCCUUCCAUGCUCCAGCGACUGAGAUCUUCCGUCGCCAACGUCACCGCGUUCGCGACGGAGGAACCUUUGUGA